GAUGCUCUCCUCAAGUUUUAUUUCAUUCACUUCACUUUCUUAUCUAGAUUUCUUACCUACCAAACAGAUCCCCACAACUCCAUUAAUUACUGACCAAUAAACGAAACCCAACAUUUGAGAGUACCAAAAUGUCUCAGGCCGUAUCCAAUGUCAGCCCCUUUUUCCCACUGUCAUCUGUGAAAACCAGAAAUGUGCGAUACCCUGUUUUCUCAAAACCAAUUAAUGGUGGCGGAUGUUUUAGCCACAGUAGUAAGAACAGCCUUAAGGCCAUGGCAGGCGAUGCAAGAGACAACCUUGACCACAUGCAGAGGGCCACCAAGCUCCAACAACAGCAGGCCCAGCCUAGAAAGAGAGCUGCCCCAGCGCCGCCCAUCGGGUUGUGGGACCGGUUUCCAACGGCCAAGACGGUGCAGCAGAUGAUGGAGACGAUGGAGGGUCUGAUGGACGACCCGUUUGCCUACUCCGGCGGGUACAGGACGCCAGUCCCGAGCGAGACGGGCGGGUACAGCAGGGGAAGGACGCCGUGGGAGAUCAAAGAAGGUGAGGAUGCUUACAAGGUGAGAUUCGACAUGCCCGGGAUGACAAAAGAGGACGUGAAGGUGUGGGUGGAGGAGAAAAUGCUGGUUGUGAAGGCCGAGAAGGCGGUCAAGAAGACGGAAAAUGGGGCGGUGGUGGAAGAAAACGGGGAGGAGUGGUCAGCCAAGAGCUAUGGGAGGUACAGCAGUAGAAUAGCGUUGCCGGAGAAUAUUCAGUUUGAGAAGAUUAAGGCUGAGGUUAAAGAUGGGGUCUUGUACAUUACCAUUCCAAAGGCGUCCAUGACUUCCAAGAUUUUGGACAUCAACGUUUGUUGAGUGAUGUCAUGGCCUCUUUCUUUUCGUUGUUCAAAUGCUUCCAUGACUUUCCGGUAAUUGAGAUCACUUGUUCAUAGGGAUUUUGAGUAUUUCCAAUAUGGUGCA